CACCGCCCAAACGAAAUUUGAAUUUCAUUGCAAACCCAAAACUCCCCAAAACACACACACACACCUACACAGACAUACAGCAGCGUAUCAAUGGAGAAAACAACAACUUUAAAGCUGAUAAUAGAAAAAGGCCCUAGAGCAGGCGAAACCCUAGAAUACUCAUCAACCUCGGUAAUCAAAAUCGGCCGUGUAGUUACCGGUAACACAUUCGCAAUCAAAGAUUCUGGAAUCUCAUCCAAACACUUAUGCAUCCAAUUCCACAAUCAAUGGACACUUUGCGAUCUCGAUUCCUCCAACGGCACACUUUUGAACGCCCAACUGCUUAAGCCCUACGCUCCUUCUGCUCUCAACCAUGGCGACCGGAUUAAGAUCGGUGAGUUAACCUCAAUUCUUGUCAAUAUUCAAGCCCAAUCGAUGGUUCCACAGAGACGGAACACUAGGAGGAGGCAAGGAAAAUGUAAACCUCAAUCUCAAUUGGAUGAUGAUGUUGGCGAAUUAGGGUUAGGGUUUGAUGUGGAAAAAGAGGGGAAACAAGCGGUUAAGAAGCGGAAUUUGCGUAGUGCUGUUAAGAAAGAUAUGGAUUCAAGUGAUAGGAGGAUAUUGACAAGUGUUAAAAAGGAAGCUGUGAGUUUUCUUGUUCCUGAGGAUGUACCGGAGAAUGUGGAUGUUUCGGUUCAGGUAGAACCUAAGAAGACGCGAGGAAGGAGGAGGAAGAGGACGGUGGAGGAAGUUUCAGUGGAUGCUGAUUUGGAUAAAAGAAAGGCUGCAGAUGUUGUUGUUGUUGGUCCAGUAGUCGGUAGAAUGACCCGAGCAAGGAGAAGGUUGUUGUUGGAAAAUGCAGAAACCGGUGGUUUGGAGAAGAAAUUGAACAAUGUCGACGGAUCUUUACAACUUGGUGAGGUAAAAGACAGUGGUUUGGGGGAGAAUUUGGGUGUGGACGAUGAAUCUGCUGCGGAGAAUCAAGAAUGUUGUGAUGGAAAGGGGGUCAUGGCUGAUGGAAGUUCGUUAAAGGGAAAGGGAGUGGUAGAGGAGUCGGAGUGUAUGAAAGAUGGUGGUGAUAAUGAUCGGUGGAAAGAUUUGGAGAAGAUGACGUUAGGGGACUUUUUUGAUUACUUAGAAGUGCAACUACCGAAAGAGAUAUAUGACAGGUCAGAGAAAAUCAUCUCGGAUUUGGAAGAGAAGGCGCGUAAAUGCCAUGAGUUUCGGCUUCAAAGAAAUGAAUCUGGAAAGGGUAAACUAGUUACAGAGUAGACCGAAGAAAAUUUGAUUAACUUUCAGAUGUAUCUGUUAGCAACGAACGGGCAACCUUUCCUUCUUUUGUUCAACGGUGGCUUACUUUUGGUUAACCGAGUUCAUGGAGUUCAAAUCCACCACCAGGCGAAGCUGUUUGAGUGUCCCACAGCUUAAAUCUCGCCGCGUUUAAAGGUCUUUUAGUAGCUGUUUUCAUGUACUUACUUGAAGAUUAAACCUUGAGCAACUAGUUAGGUUUAUGAAAAUUUAUAACUGCAUGAAUACUGCUUUUACCAUUAGUUUACAACCACUUCAUGCUUGGAAUGUGAAAGAACUAGUUAGGUGCAUUUAUAAGGAUCAACUGAUCAAGGCUCAAGCCGCGGCUCCUGCAACCUAUUGUAUAACUUUUUUGCUGUUUUGGAUAAAAUGAUAUGCACUUUCUAAAUGAAUUUGUUUCACAAAUUUGGUAUUCA